AUGAGGGUAGAUGUUAAUGUGCAAGAAUUUUCUAAUUCACUUGGCAAUGGUUCUCUAAACAGUGUACUCCAGGAUGUUCCACUACAUAAUGUUGACGUACCUACUGCUUCCUGCUAUCAAACAUCACUUAUUCCAAAAAAUUUCAAAAACAGGACACCAGAAGAAAUGGAAAAACGAGUAACUUUAUCUCCUAAAAAUUCUGACUGUCUUACAAUAAAUGAAAAAGUUCUUAAUAUUAUACCAGUAGCACUUAAAACGUACUUAACCAUGGAUUCGGUGUUCUGCAAUAAUGAAGAGGAAGUUCAGAACUAUCCAUUUGAAUUCAUAAACCCACUUACUCCAUCCAGUAUGCCUCUUCAUUGUCUCAACUCAAAAGUAGAGGCUAUUAUAAUGCUGCUAAGAAAUUUUUCGAUCAGUCCAGGAUUAUGUAAUGGCACUCGUAUGAAAGUGCAAAGACUUCAUGGACAUUGUGUAGAGGCAUCUUUGGUAACAGGCUCCAACAGAGGUCGUACAUUUCUAAUUCCCAGAACUAAACUUAUCCCAAGUGAUUGCAAAUAUUCCAGUCACACUAAACAGACUUCAGUUUCCAUUUCGACUUGCGUAUUCAAUGACAAUUAA